AUGAGCCGCAACGGUGAGCUUUGCCUAAAGAAAGUCAUUAUUUCCUACUGUCCUAAUAGGGGGUCUCCUAACACUCGCCAAUUUCUUGCGACACACUUACCUCGCUUUCACGCAAAGUACCCGAGUGUAACCAUUGACAUUCGUCCCCGUUUAUGGGCAGAGACAAGCAUCACCGGUCUAUACCGUGAUGGGAGCGAGCGGAGCUACAAGACAAAGUACAUGAGUUCCAUGGGUAUUUGGCUGCGCUUCCAUCGUCUUGUUAACACGGCCAACGACUAUGACCUGCCGUUCUCCGCUUCCCACCUUCAUUUCCAGCGGCGGUCGGUUCAGGGAACGUGGAACCCGUGGUUGUGGCACUAUGAGACAGAUCGCCGACGCACAGAGACUCCACAGUGGCGUCGAAAACUCUCCGAAGAAGAAUGGGACUACUACUUGGGCCAGUACAGUGCACAGAUGAAGCAAGAGGAGGAGGCGAUUCAACAACGCGUUGCUGAGCAUACAGAGAUACCUCUGCAGAAUACCAGAGAGGUUCAGGAGCGGUGGAAGCAGUAUGUUCUACCGCGGUUGCAAACGGAUAUGGAAUUUAAUCUCUCACAUUACAAGCGACAGCAUGCACGAGGACAGCGACAUGAACCUGUGACGAUGGGGGAGUACAGGCUCUUUUCUGUUCCUGAUCAUCGUGAAAUUGGUCAAGAUGCGGUGGACAUGAUGCGAAGAAGGGAAGCAAAGCAUCAGGAAGAAUGGUGGCAACAUCGGAAGUCGCAAUUGAAGCCACCAAAGUGA